AUUCUAGGGUUCUGCCUCUUUUCACUCUCUUCUCACAUCAACAAUGGCCUGCACCAUUGAUUUCCGUCACCUCGAUGAAGGCUUCGGCGGCAAAACCUACAAACGCAAACGCGAACAAGCCCAAGCAAUCGAAGACGCUAAGAUGGAAGAAAUCGUAUCCAUGGAAACCGACGACACCGCUCCUCCACCAGCUAAGCGAUCCGCUCUCCCAUCCUUAUCAGAUCCAAACAAACCCACCUUCUCCGCAGUCUCCUUCGGUGCCCCAACCUACGACGGGGUCAUCGCCGGAAAAGUCUCCGGCAGAAAAUGGAAGCAAGUCCGUACUCGUCGCGCUUCAGCUCUUCAGGUGAGCAAGAAAGGGACUACGUUUGAGGAGAGAGCGAGAGAGAAGAGGAUUAAGACGGCGUAUAAGGAGAAGAUGACGGAGUUGAAAGAGGCGAUAAGGAUGAAUAAGGUGGAGAAGAGAAAGAAGAGAGAAGAGAGUGAGAAGAGGAAGAAGGAGAAUGUUUUGAAAUCUGGAACGAAGUUUCAGAAGAUUACGAAUCCGAAAACUUUGAAGAAGAUUGCUAAGUCUAAGCAGAGGAAGCAGCUUAGGAUGGUACCUGAUGAUAUGAUUAAGAAAUAAAAUUGUUUUUAAUUUAUGUUUAAUUUUUAUGAAAUUUUUGAGUCUUAUGUAUUGCUUUUUGUUUUGGAGAAUUUUGGUGGUGUUGAAAUCAAUAGCAGAAUUUCUAAUUUGUUGAUUUUAUGGUUCGAUUAUCAUUAUGUUUAAGUUACUAUAAUCUUGAGAUAAUAUAACAUGUUCUGUUCUGACUCUGAAUGUGAAUGGUUUGUUGAUUUUA